AUGCUAGGUGUAGUGCUCUUCAUAAGCAUGGCAUUUCCUGGCGGCGGCCAGGCGCAGAAUGGGACGGAGACUACGACAAUCGCCCCAAUAAAGGAUACCUUUACUGUUGGCAUGAUCGUCACCGAGUCGCUUCAAGCCCAAAUCGGCUUCUCCAUCACCGGCGGAGUGAUUCCAAUCGCUCUGCAACAGAUCGCUAAGCUUCAUCUGCUAGAUGCUAUUAAUUUUGAAUUCGUGGUCAACUACACCGACUGCAGCGAGGCUAAUGCCGCCGGAAUUGCCGUGUACCUAAUCAACGAGCGGAAAGUGGACGUCAUUCUCGGGCCACCGUGUGCAGCAGUCAUCGCCGUCUGUAUGCCGGACGACCAGUCGAGACGGAAUUUCCUGAUCAGCACUUCUGAGGCCGGGAUGAACGGCACCGAUUACGUCUACAUCAUGAUGGACUUGCGCGGGUUUGGGUUUGGUCAACUCGGCAAAGUGGCUGGGGGCGAGACGUUGGACAGCGGCUACACGCCAGUCUGGGUGGAUACUUUCAACGCUAAACCUGACGGGCUGGACGCUGUCGCAAAGCAGGCGGCUUUGCAGGCUAUUGUGAUCGAUCUGACGAACCAGGGUACGGUGGAUGGGCAGACGACGGCUGAUUUGACGCCCAGUGUAAGCUUCUCUGGCACCACUUGCCCCCUAACCACCUGGGAACAAAGCGGGACCUACAUCCUCGUCGGAGUUGGCAUCGUAGUCGCCUUGAUGAUCGUCUUUGCGAUAUUGAUUUGCUAUAUUGCCAAAGAAAAACGCAAGGAACGAGCUCGACAGGACGCCGAGUGGCAGAUCCCGUAUCUGGCACUGGAUCGCCCCAAUGGACGGCAUAGUCGGGCAGCCGGAGAGGGAGGUCAGCAGAACUUGAUGGAUCACGUCUUCGGCUUGAUGGAAUCAUAUGCAGAGACUCUAGAAAAAGAGGUGGAAGACCGCAUGUCCGAACUUGUCGAAGAGAAAAAGAAGAGUGACAUCCUACUCUACCGUAUGCUCCCGAGACAAGUAGCCGACAAGCUAAAACUCGGCCAAUCCGUCGAGCCCGAAUCCUUCGACAGCGUCACCAUCUUCUUCUCCGACGUCGUGCAAUUUACGAAUUUGGCUGCGAAAUGUACUCCGCUACAGAUUGUCAACCUGCUCAACGAUUUGUACACCACUUUCGAUCAGAUCAUCGAGCAGCACUCGGUUUAUAAGGUCGAAACAAUUGGAGAUGGGUACCUCUGCGUAUCCGGGUUGCCUCAUAGAAAUGGGAAUCUGCAUGUGAAGGAGAUUUGCGAGAUGUCGCUCGACUUUUUGAGAGCUGUUCAGGGCAAAGGCGUGAUGGAGACGUUCUGGCUGCUUGGACGAGCAGGAGGAGCCGGACCGAUGGCUCCGUUGGGUGGUGCUAUGAAUACAGUGGUGGCGGAAGAGGAGAUCGAACAGGUUUUUAGAAAUCGUGAACCUACCCCACCGAUGCAAAACGCGACCCGACUCGGCUCGGCAGAAAGUCGCCACUCGGACACGCUGCCCGGAUACCAUACGUCUGUGGGCAUGUACAGAGACAUGCAGACGCCGCGA